UUGUGGUUGUGACGGUUUCGAUACAGUGCUUGUUUGAAAGUGAUUUUUUUGGUGGAUUAUAUGUUUAGUCUUGAAUUUAAUUCAUAUCUGUGAAUUUAUUCAAAAACUUACCAUUCCGAAAACUAUGUUUGCAAAUUUUUUUGUAAAUUAAAGUGAAAUAUAUUUAUUAUUCUAUAGGAUACCGAAGUUCUGUUUCAUCAUUCAUGUGCCGCUACUAACCUAUAAGAUUUUAUAUUUUACACAAGAUUUCCAUUGAUAAUAUAUAACCAUGUUUGGUGGAAAUAAUCCUAACAAAGACCUGGAGGUUGCUUCGCCACCGGACGAUACAGUGUCUGCAUUGGAGUUCUCUCCCCCAUCAGUGCCACAAACAUUUCUGGCCGCCGGUAGUUGGGACUGCCAGGUGAGAUGCUGGGAGGUGGAGCAGUCAGGCAAAACUGUCCCCAAGGCAGCUCAGAGCAUGACCGGCCCUAUAUUAGAUAUAGCUUGGCAUGAUGAUGGCUCUAAAAUAUUCAUGGCAUCAACAGACAAAAGUGUGAAGUGCUGGGAUUUGGCGUCCAAUGCUGCUGUCCAGGUGGCGGCACACGACGCGCCGGUCAAGACGUGCCACUGGAUCAAGGCGCCGAGCUACACCUGCCUCAUGACUGCCUCCUGGGAUAAGACGCUUAAGUUUUGGGACACGCGCAGUUCAGUUCCAAUCAUGACAAUCAAUUUAUCAGAGCGUUGCUAUUGUGCAGAUGUGGACUAUCCGAUGGCGGCUGUCGGGCUGGCGGACCGCGGCAUCUGCCUGUACUCGCUGGAGGGUAAGCCGGCCGAGGUGAAGCGCGUGGAGUCGCCGCUCAAGUACCAGCACCGCUGCCUCGCCAUCUUCCGCGACAAGAAGAGCAAGGCGCCCGCCGGCUUCGCGCUCGGCUCGGUGGAGGGCCGCGUGGCCAUCCAGUACGUGAACCCGGCCAACCCCAAGGACAACUUCACGUUCAAGUGCCACCGCUCGGCCGGCACCACGGGCGGCUACCAGGAUAUCUACGCGGUGAACGACAUCGCCUUCCACCCCGUGCACGGCACGCUGGCCACCGUGGGCUCCGACGGCUCCUUCUCCUUCUGGGACAAGGACGCGCGCACCAAGCUCAAGUCCUUCGAGGCGCUGGAGCAGCCGCUCACUAAGUGCGCCUUUAACCACACCGGCCAGAUCUUCGCCUACGCCAUGGGCUACGACUGGUCCAAGGGCCAUGAGCAUUACAACCCCGCCAAAAAGAACUUCAUCUACCUGCGACCGUGCUUCGAGGACCUCAAGCCGCGCUCCACGUGAGCCAGCUUUGUAUAUCGUGUGCCAUGAACUGACUGAAGUGGGAACUGUGCUUGUGUUCAAAUUUAUCAUUGAAUGGCGAAGCCACCCAAAAGUAUACGUAUUAAUUACUAUAUAAUACUUAGUCUAAUAUUCCUUAUGGUUAAGGCUAAAUCUGACAUUGAUCGUAUUGGACUAAUUGUGUGUGUCAGUGAAAUUGUGAAUACCUUUGUCUUAUACUUUUUUGUAUAACCUAUGAUAGUAUAGGUUUUAAUGUAAAUCUUGUGGAAAAAUAAAGAAAUAAAGUUGCAAA